GCUGCAGAGUUUAGUUUUCUCGGUAAAAUGAUACAUGGCUUAGCGUUUUUAAGUGGGAAUGAGCAAGAAAUAACAGUUCAUCAAUCAUCGCAACUCAAAUGUGGGAGUUCUAGUUUGGUCAGGAUCAAUAUAAGAUGAUUGAACUCGCAUGAAAUUGGUUGAGGGGAGAUGACUAUUACAAUAGUUGAAGGAAUUUCUCAUAUCUCCCGUCGCGGUUAGCUCAAAAUUAAGGUGAGGGCAUUGAACUCAAUAUUUCAACAAUGGGAUGCACAAGCAGCGCCAGGAUUGUGGAACAUAAGUGGAGAGCCUUGUAGUGCAGCCGCCAUCAAUGCAACUAACUUGGAAGACUAUAAUCCUGCUAUCAAAUGUGACUGUUCUUAUGAAAAUGGUUCAACUUGCCAUAUCACUGAGCUGAGAGUCUUUGCACUGGACAGAACAGGAGUGAUUCCAGAAGAACUAGUGGCUUUGCAAUUUCUGACAAAUUUUAGAAUUAAUCGAAAUUACUUCAUGGGUCCCUUGCCUGCCUUUAUUGGAAAUUUAUCUCGAUUGAAGUCUUUAGAGGUUGGCCACAAUGCACUUUCUGGGCCUCUCCCAAAGGAGCUUGGAAACCUGAAGGACUUAACUUUUCUGGCUAUAGGUUCCAACAAUUUCUCUGGAGCACUUCCUUCUGAACUGGGUAGCUUAGUCAACCUAGAAGAAAUUUACAUAGAUAGCUCUGGAGUGAGUGGGGAGAUUCCCUCAACAUUCGCUAAUCUUCGAAAUAUGCAAAUUAUGUGGGCAUAUGAUUGUUCUUUAUCUGGCAAAAUACCUGAUUUCAUUGGCAACUGGACCAAGCUUACAUCCUUGAGAUUUGGGGGAAACUCUUUUGAAGGUCCUAUACCGUCUAGUUUUUCUAACUUGUCCUCAUUGGUCACCUUGCAAAUCACGGAUAUAAACAGUGUGAGUUCCUCCCUUGAUUUCAUUAAAAACAUGAAGAACUUAACUGAUUUAUCUCUGAGAAAUGCUCUGAUCAAUGGUAGCAUUCCAUCUAACAUUGGAGAAUAUAAAAGUUUACAGACACUGGAUUUGAGUUUCAACAACUUAACUGGGCAAAUCCCAAGUGCUUUGUUCAGUGUCGAUUCUCUUACUCACUUGUUUCUUGGAAACAAUGGUUUAUCAGGAACCCUUCCUCAGCAAAAAGCUGUAUAUCUUAAAAACAUAGAUUUAUCUUACAAUUAUCUAUCAGGAACUUUUCCGUCGUGGGUGACUACAGGUUCGCAACAGCUGAAUCUAGUGGCCAACAAUUUCACAUUUGACAGCUCAAACAUCAGUAUUCUCCCUGGAUUGAACUGUCUGCAGAGAAACUUCCCCUGCAAUAAGAAUGCUCCGCGCUAUUCAAGUUUUGCAAUCAAGUGUGGUGGUGAAGAAAUGAAAGUUGAUAGCAUAGUGUAUGAGGCCGAUAGCUAUGAUCUUGGUGGAGCUUCUUUUAUUGUACUUGAUACCCAAAAAUGGGCAAUUAGUGAUGCGGGUUUGUUUUCUGAUGGACAAUUUAACACUCAUGUUCAAAAUACUAGCUCACAAGUGACUGGCACUCCAACCCCGAAACUUUAUCAGUCUUCAAGGCAAUCCCCAGGAUCACUUAGAUACUAUGGACUUGGUCUAGAGAAUGGACCUUACAAUGUAAGCUUGUCCUUUGCUGAGACAGUUUUUGGUGAUCAAGGCUCACAAACGUGGACGAGUCUUGGAAGGCGUGUUUUUGAUAUCUAUAUUCAGGGAACUCUCCAGUUAAAAGAUUUUGACAUAUCAAAGGAAGCAGGUGGGGCAAGAAAAGCAAUUACGAAGAAAUUUAAUGCUAAUGUGUCUGAGAACUACCUUGAAAUUCACCUAUUUUGGGCUGGUAAAGGGACCUGUUGCAUACCUGAUCAAGGUAGUUACGGGCCAUUAGUUUCAGCUCUUAGUGUCAUUCCAGAUUUCAAACCAACUGUUGGUAUUGCACAUAAGAAGAACCAGACUGCACUCAUUGUUGGUAUUGCAGUAGCUCUCGGAAUUUCGGGCUUGAUACUGAUAUUUUUAACUUUUUACAUGAGGACAAAAAGACACAAUGAUGAUGCGGAAGUGCUACUUGGAAUAGGACCUAAACCAAAAACUUUCAGUUAUGCUGAGUUGAGAUCUGCAACAAAAGACUUCGACCCUCCAAAUAAGCUUGGCGAGGGAGGCUUUGGACCUGUUUACAAGGGUACACUUUCUGAUGGAAGGGUUAUAGCUGUGAAACAACUUUCUCUAGGGUCCCACCAAGGGAAAAAGCAGUUUGUUAAUGAGAUCGCUGCCAUAACUUCUGUGCAACAUCGUAAUCUUGUGAAAUUGCAUGGUUGCUGCAUCGAGGGAACUAGGCUCCUCCUUGUUUAUGAGUACCUUGAAAACAAAAGCCUUGAUCAAGUAUUGUUUGGAAGACGGGGGUUGCAUCUCGAUUGGCCUACCCGGUUCAAUAUAUGCUUGGGAACUGCAAGAGGUCUGGCAUAUCUUCAUGAGGACUCUAGACCAAAGAUCGUUCAUCGAGAUGUCAAAGCAAGUAAUAUUUUACUCGAUGCAAAACUCUGCCCAAAGAUAUCAGAUUUUGGAUUGGCAAAGCUGUAUGAUGACAGAAAAUCUCACAUCAGCACCAGAGUUGCAGGGACCAUUGGCUAUCUGGCACCAGAGUAUGCAAUGCGUGGACACUUGACAGAAAAGGCUGAUGUAUUCAGUUUUGGUGUUGUUGCUUUGGAGAUUAUCAGUGGAAGGGCAAACUCUGAUACUAGCCUGGAUAGGGAAAAGAUUUAUCUUCUUGAAUGGGCCUGGAGUCUUCAUGAAAGUAACCAAACUUUGGAGUUGAUAGAUUCCAAAUUAUCAGAGUACAAUGAAAUCGAAGCUCUACGAGUAAUAAAAGUCGCUCUCUUGUGCACUCAAGCGUCACCGAUGUUACGGCCAACAAUGUCACGCGUUGUUAACAUGCUUGCUGGGGACAUCGAAGUGGAAACUGUUACUUCAAAGCCAAGUUAUUUGACUGAUUGGAAUUACAAGGACAUAACAAAUAGCCUUUUGAACGAAGAUACGGUUACAUCCUCAUCGACAAGAAGUUAUAGCAGAAAGAAGAGCCAAUGUGACAGUGCAACUGAUCUUAGCCCUGGAGUUGAUCCAUUGCUCUCUCCAAAAAAUGCCGCUCGGUUCAAUGACAUAAUUGCAGAGGGGAGGUGAGAAAUUUCUUAGCUCACCGAAACUGAGUGAAUAACGAUGCUUCUUGUAUACCAAUACUAUUAAUUACACAACAAAUUUGAAGACCAUCUUAUUAGAUGUAUGUAGAGAAAACCUCUCUAUAGUCCUUCUGCAACUAGCUUAUUUGGGAUCUCUUUUGAAAUUUCUGGAUAUGGGAAGUUUCAGCAGUAUGUAUAAUUUUGGGAAUUUCUGCUAUACAGGGGUAAGAUUACAACAAUCGGUAUAAUUUUUGUAAUAUUGUGUAUUUUAGGAUGCGAAUUUUGUGGCAUGGAAUGUCAUAUUCGCAACGUUUCAAAUAUUUUUCGUUGCGAAUUUAACCAUCAAUUUUACAAAUAUGGAUUCAUAGUA